AGAAAACGUUUUUCAUGAUAAUUCUGCAAUUCCUUCUGUUUCUUUUAAGCUUUAUUAGGGUUAGCACUAAUUCAUAUUUAAACCGACUUUUUUGCUCCUUUCAAUACAAAUUUCUUUUUCUCCCUUUUCUGGUUUUUUUUUUCACACCAUUCUCAAUUACUAAGCAAAUCAACUCAUUAUUCAAUCUAUUUGCUGGCACCGCUCCUUCUUGUUUCUCUGGUCCAUCCCUGCGAUACUCACUAAUCAUUAUCCCAAAAUGCCACCACAACUAAACGAUGUCGACUCCAUUAUUAGUACCUACAAUCUCGACAUCGACAGAGACUUGUACAUUUCUUUGUUUCUCUCUUUGAUUUCCUCCAAUUCCUUGAUAGUAUCCUCCUAUGAUAUUAACUACACCACUUCUGAAUUGCUCAAGCAGUUCAAACUAGUCUUCGGCUUUAAGGACUUGCACAUCAACCAUAUGAAUUUAAAUGAUUCGAAUUUCUUGGAUUCCUUCAAAGAACUCUCAAUUCAAGACAAUAACCUUGCUAACACCAACAGCAUCAGAGAUAAUCAUCAAAAAGACUCCAGUGCUCUGGUACAUCCCAACCGUAACAUCGAUGCUAAUGAGUUAAACGAUCUAAAUGAUUUUAGUGACUCAACAAUUUCCACUGACUCCGACAUCGAUGCCGAUUUCACUAAUAACCUUAGCACUAAAAUAGAUAAUAUUAAAGAUAACAUUAAUUCCGAUAAAGAUAUCGAUAGCCACAAUAUCUCGAUCAAUCUCAACCAAGAUAUUGUUAAUAACUCACCAAAUGUACUACAAUCCUCAGAAUUAUCAGAACUAUCUAUUGAAAAAUUCAAACUGCACUUCACUAUCAGCGUAGAUCAAUUAAAAAAAAGAUACAAGUCAUCUGCUACCUUAAUCAAACCAAUCAAUAUCAUAACGGGCAUUGAAAAUCUAUCCAUCAAUUACCAAAUUGCGCUACUAGAUAUUUUAAAAAAAAAAAAAUUGUUAAUUAAUAAUAUUUACUACUUUAAAACUGAUAUCUUUAUCACUAUACUAAUUCUUGAUAAUAAAAUUCAAAAUCCAAACCAAAAUAAUAACUUCAAAUUAUAUAAACCCUUAGAAGAUCAAUUUUUCUUCAAGCAACCAAAUUAUCCAAAACUUUUAUCUUCAAAAUUCAAUUUACCCGAAAAUGUUGACUUUCAAGUGUAUAAUCAAAUUCCAAAAAAAGUUCAAAAUAAUAUUCCAAAUGGAUUUCAAACCUCAAAACAAAAGCCAAAAUUAUCAGCAAACGUAAAACAAAUCCUUUCUUUUAGAUCUCAAAUACCUAGCAUUGAAAUGAUCUCAGAGAUUAAACGCUAUAUCUUUGAUAUAAUCAUAUUUACAAGAAAUCAUAGGGUUGUUAAUGGUGGUAUUCCAACAAGAGUUAUAGCUCAAUUUGAAACAAUGGUCAAAUCGCUAUGUAUUUACUAUAACUAUUCAUUUGUUAUCCCCUCAAUAGUUAAACUAGCUGCCAGAAAAUUACUACCUUUAAAGAUCCACCUUUUAUCUGAUAUAAACCACGAGCCUACUCUUCAAUAUGGUUCGGAUUCUAUCUUACUUCAAUCAAUGCUUGAAAAAUGGGAUGUUGAUAAAGUAAUCCAAGAUGUACUAAGAAAUGUUCAAACACCAAUAUGAUCAUUUCCUUUUCUUUCCUCUUAUUUCCUUUUCUUUCCUUUCCUUUUAUUUCCUUUCCUACCCUAUUGUUCUAUAUUCCCUAUACCAUUAACCUAUUUUUAUAUAUUUCUAUCACGCUCAAUCUUUUACAUAUUCACAUUCACUCUAUAUUCCUGUUCUAUAGUACAUAAUCCUCUUUUCUUCACCUCCGGAACAAACUUGAUCCCGGUUUGUUUUCAAUCCCGCUUUUUUUUGUCUUUUUACCUCAUCCUCCAAGGGCCACCAGGUUGGCUACAGCUACAUCAUAAUGCACGAGUGCAUAAUAACCACAAACAUGAAAAGUUCCAGAUUUAGCUUCAAUUGAAAACCAAUUUCAAAAAGUAAUCAGUUCAAUUGUUCUUUUUUAUAUCAUAAUUUUUGUUGUCUUUUUUUCUUUCUUUCUUUCUUUCUUUUUAAUAUUAAAUUAAAAUCGAUUUACAAAAUG